UUAACUGCCUUGGGUUAACUGCCUUGGGUUAACUGCCUUGUUCAGGGGAAGAACAGCAGAUGUUUACCUUGUCAGCUAGGGGAUGUAUCGCUACCUCUACUGGGUCUGCUAUCUAACAUGAUCUUGUUGCAUGCCAGCAAAACAAUGUAGGCCUACCAUUAGACCUGGCACACCAGGUGGGUGCAAGUAAUGAUCAGAUAGAAUAGAAAACCAACAGGCUCCGGACCUUGUAGGGGAUUAAGGAGGGCGAUGCCCACCCGGUGCGCCACAAAGCUGCACUCACCGCCACGGUGACAACGAACCAUACCGGAGCCUAAGUCGGACUGAACCCCGCAAAACGCUGCGUUAUACCGAGCCCUCAUUGGAUACUCUGCACCCCACCGUCUCUCCCACAUUCUGACACUGCACUCGCUGCACAUUCUCUGCGAAAUAGGAGAGUCCAACGAGGAUUUUCCCUCUCCAACCACUUUUUGUGGAAUUCCGAAGACCGAAUGCUUGUGUGAUUUGAAGAGGAUAAGCGACAUUUCUUGUGAUCAACUUUUUCGAAUCCUAUUAGUUCUUUUGAAAGAUCUAUUGCUCCACAUCUUGUUCUCCGCUUCCCCCUCUCCCCCAAGGUCACUGCUCAUCUACGCCACUGCUGUGCGUUAGCGGAGCAGAGAUGACGACCGAGCUCUCUCAGCAGCAGCUGGACCCGCCGCCUCCCCUGAGGUCCAGCCCGACCUCCGGAGUCCUGCACCCCGCCAUGAUGAGCCCACAGACCGAGGUGGACAGCUCCUUAGCCGGGGCCAAAAGCAAGAAGGCGAGCUCCGGCCUGAGGCGACCAGAGAAGCCUCCCUACUCCUACAUUGCGCUCAUCGUCAUGGCGAUACAGAGCUCACCGACCAAGAGGCUGACGCUCAGUGAGGUCUAUCAGUUCCUCCAGGCCCGGUUCCCCUUCUUCAGAGGAUCCUACCAGGGCUGGAAGAACUCCGUCCGGCACAACCUCUCCCUGAACGAGUGCUUCAUCAAGCUGCCCAAAGGGCUAGGCAGGCCGGGGAAAGGCCACUAUUGGACCAUCGACCCGGCCAGCGAGUUCAUGUUCGAAGAGGGCUCGUUCCGCCGCAGACCCAGGGGCUUCAGGAGAAAAUGCCAAGCUCUGAAGCCUAUUUACCGGAUGAUGAACGGGAUAGGCUUCGGUACGUCCAUUUUACCGCAGAACUUUGAUUUCCAGGCGCCCACUGGGUCUCUGGCGUGUCAUAGCAACAGUUACAACUUGGACAUGAUGACCAACUCCAUGGCCGGUGGCUACGACGGACUGAGCGGUGGCCACCACGUACCUCACAUGUCCCCGAGCCCCGGGUCCACAUAUAUGGCCAGCUGUUCGGUAACGUCCAACGGGGACUACGGUGGACCGGACAGUAGCAGCAGCCCUGUGCCCUCGUCUCCGGCUAUGGCCAGCGCGUUGGACGGUCAUUCUCCAUACGCCAGUAGCGCCGGACACUGGGCGUCUCCCGGCGGCUCCCCGUACAUUAAGCAGCAGCCUCUGGUCUCCAGCAGCUCGGCGUCCUCUGGGUUAAAUUCCGGCAUGUCCCCCUAUUCCCUGGAGCAGAGCUACCUCCACCAGAACGCCAGGGACACCGCCGAUAUCUCAGUGGGGAUCCCUCGCUACCAGAGCCACUCAUCACCCGUGUGUGACAGGAAGGAUUUUCUCCUGAACUUUAACGGCAUCUCCUCGUUUCGUCCUUCAGCCAGCGGAUCUUACUAUCAUCAUCACCAACAUCACCAAAGCCUUUGUCAAGACGUCAAACCGUGCGUGAUGUGAGCGCGUCAUGGAGUGUGCGUAAUGGCUCCAAACCGUGCGUGAUGUGAGCGCGUCAUGGAGUGUGCGUAAUGGCUCCAAACCGGAGAUGAGAAUCUGAUCAACACCAAAUCAAAAAAUGUAAACUGAUUCCAUGAGAGUUAAAAGGCAAAUAAAUUGGCUAAUAUUUCUGAUGAGAAUGAAAAAGAGGGACAAAGGGCUAGCCUAUUUCUGAGAAGCCGGAAAACUUCUCACAUCAGGGUAUAUUUACAGUGGCCUUCGUUGUCUUGAUAAGCCACAAGUAUUAUGCAACUGUUUCCGAAAUGAAGGAAGGCACCAAAUCUUCUGACAAUAUAACCAAGGUUUUUUUCAAAAUAAGUUUCAAAACGACUAAUGUGUUUGCUGUCAUUAACUGUGCAAACGAAUACCUUAUAUUUUUUGUAACUAGGCCUCUGUUCCGAUAUAGGCCAAUUAAGGUAAAUGCAGCCUACACAUACACAAAGCUUCUUUAUAACAGAUUGAAACACAUUUGCACUUGUUGUAUACCCUUUGAGAUUUGCUUAAUUUUGUCAUGAAGUGUUUCAAUAAAACUGAUGUAUUUUAGGCAA